CCCCUUUAAGGCUUGGCCUACGUGGCAGCCGCUAGAGCAGCCGCGGCUCAGCGAGGCCGGCCGCCGGGUACUUCCUGUGGAGGCCGCAGCAGGCGCGAGCACCCGAGACCUGCCAGCUGAGCCUUCCGCCGCCGCCAUGGGACAGAACGACCUGAUGGGCACGGCCGAGGACUUCGCCGACCAGUUCCUAAGAGUCACCAAGCAGUACCUGCCUCAUGUGGCACGCCUCUGCCUGAUUAGCACCUUCCUGGAGGAUGGCAUCCGCAUGUGGUUCCAGUGGAGUGAGCAGCGUGACUAUAUUGACAGCACCUGGAGCUGUGGCUACCUGUUGGCCUCAUCCUUCGUGUUCCUCAACCUGCUGGGACAGUUGACUGGCUGUGUUUUGGUGCUGAGCAGGAACUUCGUGCAGUAUGCCUGCUUUGGGCUGUUUGGAAUCAUCGCACUGCAGACAAUUGCCUACAGCAUUUUGUGGGACCUGAAGUUUCUGAUGAGGAACCUGGCUUUAGGAGGAGGUUUGCUGCUGCUUUUGGCAGAAUCCCGCUCAGAAGGGAAGAGCAUGUUUGCUGGUGUCCCAACCAUGCGUGAGAGCUCCCCCAAGCAGUACAUGCAGCUUGGAGGAAGGGUCCUGCUGGUCCUGAUGUUCAUGACCCUCCUUCACUUUGAUGCCAGCUUCUUUUCAAUUGUCCAGAACAUUGUGGGCACAGCUCUGAUGAUCUUAGUAGCCAUUGGUUUUAAAACCAAGCUGGCAGCUCUGACUCUCGUCGUCUGGCUGUUUGCCAUCAACGUGUAUUUCAACGCUUUCUGGACAAUCCCGGUCUAUAAACCCAUGCAUGACUUCCUGAAAUAUGACUUCUUCCAGACCAUGUCAGUGAUUGGAGGCCUGCUCCUGGUGGUGGCUCUUGGCCCAGGGGGUGUCUCCAUGGACGAGAAGAAGAAAGAGUGGUAACAGACACAGAUCCCUCCCCUCCCUGGCUGAGGCCCAAGGCCCUGGACGGGCUCAGGGGAGAGACAAACUGCCAGCAUUUAUGUGUCCUUUUCCCUUCCCCUCCCUUGGUAAAGGCACAGAUGUUUUGAGAACUUUAUUUGCAGACACCUGAAAAUUGGAGGUAAAAUCUUUGGGAAUAGUCUGGAGUCUGACUGUCCAGGGCUGGCCAGCUGGAUGGUCACUCCUUAGCCAAGGCUUAGAGAAGACAGUGUGGUUGGCUGUGGCCUCAUUCCUCCUGUCUCUGAGUUCCUUUGGGGGGACUUCAAGUCGUACUGAGCUGUAUUUUUAUCAUUCAAAGCAGUUUCCCUUCUUAGUUAUGAGUUUACAUCCUUAGCUCAAACUACUAAAUGACUUAGGAUGGUCCAGCCAAACACCAAAUGGUUAAGCCUCCAGUUCAGAAUUCUACCAGUGGCUCCAGCGUUGCUUCUGCCCCUAUAUUUAUAGGAUCAGUGAAGAUGUUAGAGAAACCAAGUCAAGAGAACAGUACAGUAUUGGAAAGGUGGGUGCUACUGCUGGCCCAAGUCCUUGAUGUUAGCUAGCUAGAUGCUGUUUACUGGGUGAAAGGUACCCUGGGAGUUUUCAUGGCUCCAAGCAGGAAUGGGAUGGGGUAAGCGGCAGAAGUUCUUAGAAAGCUGCUAUCCGUCAAGCUUGGUGGUGGAAAGGGCAGGAGAGCAGGCUGCUCACGGGAUGGCCCACAACCACCAUGGAACCAGCCUGGGGAACAGCGAUGCCAUGGGGCCCAGAAGGGAGGAGUCCCAGUACUCAACACCCAGGCUCAACCCAGUUACCUCACACUUGACCUUCUCAGAGCAAGGCCUGAACUCCACAGGUUGUGCUCCCCCAACCCCCUAGCUUAACUCCCUGUUCCAGGCUGAGCUUACCCCUUCGACAGCCCUGAUGCCACCAUUUCCCUGAGGCUGUUGCUUGCUCAGAUUUUUGUCAACUUGCUCUGCUGGAUGCAGCCAAGAUACUUUUUACAAUUUGUGAUGCCUUACCAAUUUGAUGUCAGUGCUGUAUUUAAAGUUUUCUAACAUUGCCUUA